AUGACUUGUAAAGCUAUUAUUAUCGUUGGGGGGCCAUCUCGUGGUACACGUUUUCGACCACUUUCACUUGAUGUUCCAAAACCUUUAUUUCCAGUAGCGGGUUAUCCUAUUAUUUGGCAUCAUUUAGAAGCUUUAACUAAAGUAGAAGGUUUAAAAGAAGUGCUGUUGAUUGGUUUCUAUGAAGAUAAUGUUUUUCAAAAAUUUAUUGAUGAUGCAUCGAUAGACUUUCCUGAAAUUAACAUUAGAUACCUUCGAGAAUAUCAAUCGUUGGGAACAGCAGGAGGAAUCUAUCAUUUUCGAGAUGGAAUUCAACGUGAUAAACCAGAACAUGUUUUUGUGUUGAAUGCAGAUGUUGCAUGUGAUUUUCCAUUGGCCGAAAUGAUGAAAUUUCAUAAUACACAUCGAGCCAAACCAGAUAGUCACGAAGUCUUGCAUUAUGUUGAGAAACCGGAAAGCUUUAUUUCAGAUUUGAUUAGUUGUGGAAUUUAUUUAUUUGAUUGUGCUAUUUUUCUUGAGAUGAAAAAGGCAAUGGAAAAUAAAUCAAAUCAACUAGAUCAAAAUGUUUUUCAAGAACAUGACGAGAAACUCAGAUUGGAACAAGAUAUCAUUCGUCCAUUAGCAGAAUCUAAAAAGUUAUACGUCUAUGAGACAAAAGAGUUUUGGAGACAAAUAAAAACGCCAAGUUCUGCAGUUCCAGUGAAUGCGUCAUUUCUUAAAAAAUAUUUAAAAACCAAUCCAAAGCUUUUAUUAAAAAACCAAGAAGGUGGACCUGAAAUACAUGGAUGUAUUGGACCGGAUGUUUCUAUUGGACCUCGAGUAGUUAUAGGAAAAGGAGUUCGUAUUAAGAAUUCGAUUAUUUUGGAUAAUGUGGAAAUCAAGGAUAAUAGUUGUAUUUUGAAUAGCAUCAUUGGAUGGGGAUCUAAGAUCGGCACUUGGGCACGCGUAGAAGGAACACAACAAGCCAAUGACCAAAUAUCUAUUAUUCAAGAUGGUAUUGUAGUUCAAUCAAUUACUAUUCUUGCUCAAAAUACUAUUCUGCCUUCUACUACAACAAAUAUUGAUGGAGAAGCAAAAACUUCUUCCAUUGUAUGGCAUAUAAAUGAUACAUUGGACUUGAAGAAAAAAGAAAUAAUAAAACUUUUAGAACAAGAAAGUUCACAGGAAAGUUCACAGGAAAGUUCGGAGUCAUCAUCAUCAACAUCUAUCAAUUCCUCUUCCUCCACCUCUUCAACUUCUUUUACAACUAUGAACAAGGCAUCAUCUUCGUCAAACAAAAACGAGACAUUACCAUCACAAACAAUAUUGGAACAUGAAAAUGAUCAUGAUGAUAAAGUUGGAAAUAAAGAAAAUAACCAAGAUAUUGAAAUGACUGAUUUACCUAAAAUAUCAAGAGAAGCUUCUUUAAAACAUAAAGAUGUUAUUGUUGAAAUUGAAGAUUUGGGUAAGGUUAGGGUAGAUGGUAAGAAUGGUAGGAUUAUAAAAAUCACUCCUUUUGUUUGGCCUGGUCCUUUAAGUGGUGAUAAUAAUAAUGAUAUGGAUAUGAAUAAUGAUCAAACAAUCAUCACCGAAAAAGAUAAAAAAAAAUUGAGAAUUGCAACAGCAAGUAUGAUUAUCUUUGGUGAUAACAAUUAUAAUAAAAAUCUUCAGGAGUUGAGAAUUAUCAUUUGGUGA